AUGGGACAGAAGCAGACAACUCCUUUGUCCCUCACUCUGGACCACUGGUCAGAAGUGAGGACUCGUGCACAAAAUCGUUCCCUAGCCGUAAAAAGGGUUCGCAGAGUGAGAGACAUCGUGUACCGACCGGGGCCGCAUGGACAUCCUGAUCAAGAACCCUACAUUCUCAUGUGGGAGGACCUCUGUACCAGUCCCCCUGACUGGGUGCGGCCAUUCCUUCCCCCCCCUAAACCUUCUUCUUUACAGCCGCUUUUGGAGCCUACGAUCCUACCCAUGAAGGAGAAAAGGGAAUCGGAGUCACAGCCUAAAGAGGAGCGAGCUGUGCCCCGCAUUUACCCUGACACUACGGACCUACUUCUCUUUGAACCCCCCCCUUACAACCCAUCUGCUCACACCCCUUCCGCUCCAGCAGGGGAGGCGACUGCAGAACCCCGUUCCCCAUUAGAUCUCUCCUUAGCUUCCCAGCCUUCCCAUACUAGGUUAAUUAAUCUUUUAGAUUCUCUGAUGAACACCCACCAGCCUACUUGGGACGACUGCCAGCAGCUGCUUCGUACCCUGUUCACUACUGAAGAACAGGACCGCAUUUUGGCAGCAGCCCGGAAAAAUGUGAUAGGAUUAGAUGGCUUGGUGACAACCAGACCUGAUGUUAUUGAUGACUCUUUCCCCUUGCGGAGACCGGAUUGGGACCCCAACACAUAUGAAGGUAGGGGGAAUCUGUCCACCUAUCGCCAGACUCUCAUGAGAGGUCUCCGGGAAGCGGCUAGAAAGCCCACAAACCUAGCCAAGGUAAAAGAGGUAAUACAGGGACCCGAUGAGCCUCCCGGGGUUUUCCUAGAAAGGCUGAUGGAAGCCUAUAGGAGGUAUACUCCUUUUGAUCCAACCUCUGAAACUCAUCAGGCUUCAGUCAUUAUGGCUUUUGUAGGACAGUCAGCAGCAGAUAUUAGAAAGAAACUCCAGAGGCUGGAGGAUAUCCAGGGAAAGACUUUACAAGAUCUAGUAAAGGAGGCUGAGAAAGUGUUCAGUAAGAGAGAAACAAAGGAAGAAAGAGAGGAGCGACUAGAAAAGGAGAGAAGAGAGAGGGAAGAACGAAAGGACAGAAGAAGGAAUAAGGAACUGGCAAGGGUCUUGGCAGUAGCAGUAGACAGAUCUAGCACAGGUCAGAAAGGUAGGGACCUGGGCCCACGAAGACGCCGACCCCUGGACAAGGACCAAUGCGCUCGCUGCCGCCAGAGGGGACACUGGGCUCGGGAAUGCACCCAACCCCCACGAUCCCCUCGUAGCACCCAACCCCCACGAUCCCCUCAACCUUCAAGGACCCUGGCCCUUGAAUCUGAAUAGGGGGGUCAGGGCUCCAACCCCCUCCGGGAGCUCAGGGCUAAAUUUAAGGUGGAGGGGACUCCCAUAGACUUUGAACUUGACACAGGGGCAGUAUACUCGGUCCUAAAGAAACCUUUGGGACCCCUCUCUAGUAAGCAAUCCUUAGUACAAGGAGCAAAUGGAAGUAGCUAUCGUUCCUGGACUACUUCCCGGACUAUGGACUUGGGGAAAGGAGAAAUCAAGCAUUCUUUCCUGGUCAUACCAAACUGCCCCUCACCUCUAAUGGGACGAGACUUGCUAACCAAACUCAGAGCCCAGAUAACCUUUGAAGAAACUGGUCCAGAAAUUGCUUUUCUUAAUCCCAGUGUUCAACCACUUACCACCUCCGUCCUGACCAUCAGGGCUGAGGAUGAAUAUAGACUAUUUACAAAUGACCCCUUGCCAGUUGAAAGCCAAGACACCGACUUUUGGUUGAGACUAGUUCCAGAAGCUUGGGCCGAAACUGCUGGACUGGGGUUGUCUACCUUACAGGCUCCAGUAGUGGUAGAGUUAAAAACUACUGCUGUCCCUGUGAGAGUUAGGCAGUACCCCAUGAGUCAGGAAGCGAAGAAAGGCAUAACUCCUCAUAUCCGGAAACUUCUCCAACAAGGGGUCUUAGUAAAAUGUCAGUCAGCCUGGAAUACUCCAUUACUCCCAGUUAAGAAGCCUGGAACUGGGGACUAUCGGCCAGUACAGGACCUAAGGGCAGUUAACAGCCAGGUGGAAGUCAUCCAUCCCACUGUGCCAAACCCAUACAAUCUUCUCAGCACCUUAAGUCCUGAAAGAGUAUGGUAUAGUGUAUUGGACUUAAAAGACGCUUUCUUCUGCCUGUCUCUACAUCCAGCCAGUCAACCCUUAUUUGCUUUUGAGUGGAGUGAUCCUGAGGCAGGAAUUUCAGGCCAACUAACCUGGACCAGAUUGCCUCAGGGAUUUAAGAACUCUCCUACCAUCUUUGAUGAGGCCUUGCACCAAGACUUAAGUCUCUUCCGCAGCCAGCACCCCCAGGUAACCCUGCUCCAGUAUGUGGACGAUAUUUUACUUGCAGGAAAAACUGAAGAAGAUUGCAAGCAGGCCACCCAUGACCUGCUGAAGGAACUUGCUCGGCUAGGGUAUAGAGCAUCAGCUAAGAAGGCGCAGCUGUGCCAGAGAGAGGUGACGUUUCUGGGAUACAUGCUACGAGGGGGAAAGCGAUGGCUGACGGAGGCCCGGAAGAAGGUCGUGGCACAGAUCCCUGCACCUACUACUCGCCGGCAGUUACGUGAGUUUCUGGGGACGGCAGGUUUCUGCCGCCUCUGGAUCCCUGGUUUCGCCAACUUGGCAGCCCCACUGUACCCCCUCACAAAAGGGGAUGCCAAGUUUGAGUGGACCCAUGAAUGCCAAAGGGCGUUUGACUCUAUCAAAACAGCUCUGCUCACAGCCCCAGCCCUGGCCCUCCCUGAUGCUAGCAGGCCUUUUACCUUAUAUCUAGAAGAGAAAGGGGGAAUGGCAAAGGGAGUGCUGACACAGACGCUAGGUCCGUGGAAAAGGCCGGUUGCCUACCUAUCAAAGAAACUAGACCCAGUGGCCAGUGGGUGGCCUAAAUGUUUGAGGGCAAUAGCCGCAGCUGCACUUCUGGUAAAGGAUGCAGAUAAAAUUUCCUUGGGACAAAAGCUGACUAUAAUAGCCCCUCAUGCUCUGGAAAGUAUAAUUCGACAGCCCCCCGACCGUUGGCUCUCAAAUGCCCGUAUUACCCACUAUCAGAGCAUCCUUCUAGACAAAGGCAGAAUAACUAUCGGCCUACCUGUGAUUCUCAACCCGGCCACCCUGCUCCCUGAAGAGUCAGAGACACCAGUGUUGCAUAACUGCCAGGAUUUGCUGGCCGAAGAGAGUGGGCUGAGAAGGGACCUACAGGACCAGCCAUUAAAGAACCCUGAUGUCAUAUGGUACACAGAUGGGAGUAGUUUUCUCCAAGAUGGAGAGAGACGAGCUGGGGCUGCAGUGGUGAGUGACCAUGACGUUAUCUGGUCCAAAUGCCUGAAAGAGGGGACCUCUGCUCAGCGAGCUGAGUUGAUAGCCCUUACCAGAGCACUAGAAAUGGCAGCAGGAAAAAGGGCAACCAUCUACACAGAUAGCAGAUAUGCUUUCGGAACUGCCCAUGUCCAUGGCGCUAUCUACCAAAGGAGGGGACUCCUGACAUCUGCAGGAAAGGAAAUUAAACACAAAGAAGAGAUAUUGCGUCUUUUAUCUGCUCUUCUCCUACCCAAAGAACUGGCGAUAGUUCACUGUCCAGGUCAUCAAACGGGAAAGGAAACCGUCGCGUCCGGAAAUAGAAGAGCUGAUGAAGCAGCAAAGGCAGCGGCAUCCCGCAUGAAGGAGAUCCCUGCACUUAUUGUUACUGAACCUGACAACCUCCCACCAGUGUCAACAACUGUAGACCCCCUUUCUGAAGAACCAGAGGUAAAUCAGUAUCUGCAAACUCUUCACCAACUCACCCACUUAGGGGCCAGAAAAAUGAUGGAGUUAAUUAAGGAAUGGCCUCGGGUACCAAAACCAGAGAGGCUAAAGGAAAUGGCGGAAAAAAUUGUAAGGUCCUGCCAACCUUGUCAACUGGUAAAUGCCUAUCCUACUAAGAUGGGAACCGGAAAAAGACUGAGAGGGGAGAGACCAGGCCAACAUUGGGAGAUUGAUUUCACUGAAAUCAAGCCUGCCAAAUAUGGACUAAAGUAUUUGCUAGUCUUUGUAGAUACAUUUUCAGGAUGGGUGGAAGCCUACCCAUGCAAGAAGGAAACAGCCCAGGUGGUGGCUAAGAAGAUAUUAGAUGACAUCUUCCCCAGGUUUGGACUUCCUCAGGUAAUUGGGUCAGACAACGGACCAGCUUUUGUGGCCCAGGUAAGUCAGGGAUUAGCCAAGACCCUGGGCAUAAAUUGGAAAUUACACUGUUUGUAUCGCCCGCAGAGCUCAGGGCAGGUAGAAAGGAUGAACAGAUCUAUUAAGGAGACUUUAACCAAAUUAUCUCUAGAGACUGGCAUAGGGGACUGGACUACCCUCCUACCUUCUGCCCUCUUCAGGGCUAGGAAUACCCCUUUGCCCUCUUUGUAUGUGGAGACAGUAUAUAAUUCCAUUAAUGAUGUGCUGGACCAGCUUGACUCCGUGGCUGAAGUGACCAGAACUGAUAUCCCAAGCAAAACUAGCAGUAGUGGAACCCUUCACUUUAGGCUUGCAGCUCUGAAGAAGAACCCUGGUGGAACCUACACAUAUAACUCUAAUCCACCUCACCUGUAUGUUCUGGUCAUACCUGCAGCAACCCAAGAAGCACAAGAAGAAACAGUAGAAGUACUAACAUUUCUUAGUGAAGGGCAGGGAUAG